CAGGCAGCUAGCUUGGAUCUGUGGAACUUGGUCUGUCUAACUCCAUUUUCAUUUGAAGCACCUAGCUAGCUCCUGGGCUGGGUGCUGUAGCUCGUCUCCUGGAAGGAAAGGAAGGAGAAAACCAACCCAUUAGACGUCAAUGAAAUGAGUCAAGACAAGGUUAAUGGUCAGCAUGAAUCGUUGAAGGGACAGGUAGAAGUUUGGAAUUCCACAAUAAUGACCUGGUCACAUGACGCAAGAGACUUGUGGAAAAAUCCAAAGAUAACAAUGAUCUGGAUCGAGUUACUUGUAUCAUUGGUUGCUGGUAUCCUACUCCUCCUCGCCUGCUUUGGGUCCCGCCGUCGCCGAAGCAGAAAUUGGUUCCUCCAGAAAGGCGUCCUAGGUGCCUACACCGUGUCCUUCUCGUUGGCAACGUACACACUUGGUUCCAUGCAAUCUUCUGAGGUGAAGAGCAGCAUGUACCCUGUUUGGGCCUUAUCUCUGUUUAUGCUUCAUGCUUGUACCGACUCUAUGACAGCUUAUAGUCUCGAUGACAACAUACAAGUAACAAGACUCAAUUACCAGGCUUUUAUGUACCAUACAUACGUGGUGUUACUUUUCACCACCGUGCAUACGAAGAGCAACUACAUCCCAGAACUUGCUUAUAUAUCUUUCAUUGCUGUCACAAGAUAUUUACAGAGACUUGCAGUGUGUCAUCUCGCAGCCUACUCAUGGAACUUGAACAAAACUGUUGCUGAUUACAUGUAUGGUCAGCAAAACGGGAGGGUAUUUGAUCCAGCCACCAUGGAAGGCUGCAAUUACCUAGUUGACUGGCCCAUUAGCGAAUCCAAGUUUGAUGCUUCAACAUCAUAUGGAACACAAUUAACAGUGGGGGAUCAUGAUGAAGUCAUUACCAUUGAGAAGAUAUGGGUCAAGUCACUAGGCCCAGAGCUAAAAGAUGCAUGCCUUUCCUUCUCUCUUUUCCAUCUGCUAAGAAGGCGCUUCUUUGGGUUUGCCUGCGACGAGUCCAAAGGCAGGACACAUGAGUUUAUCUUCAAAGGGCUUCUAACUGAUGGUGCCACAGACUACAACAGGGUGUUCAAGGUGAUUGAGGUUGAGUUGGCCUAUAUGUAUGAUUUCUUCUUCACCAAGUAUGCUGUCAUUUAUUAUGGAUCACCGAGUGCAACAGUUUGGUCCGUGAUUUCAAUCAUCGGCAUAUCUAUCACGGCAUAUGUUACUGCCAAGGCUCCCGUGAACGUUUAUCAGGGUGAUUCCGCUAUCGCAAGCACCAUUAUAGAUGAUGUUGUUAUCACGUUAGUGAUACUUACAUCCACUGCUUUGCUUGAAUUCGUACAGCUGUUAUAUUACUGGACGGGUAUUUGGGGCAGAGUAUCCUUUGCUUGUCAGUCUAUCAGAGAACAAGCAAGAUUCAGUAGAACGAACUCGCAGACAAAGAAAACAAGGACAAGGGGAGGCUGGGUCAUGGGAUUAAAGGGAUUGCUUGCCAAUAUUGGUGUGUCACGUGCAUCAAACAACCACUACUGGCAGCACAAGCUUGGCCAGUACUCAUUACUUGAUUCUGUCAGUUGCAAUCCUAGGCCAUCAGCAGAUACACUCUCUCUCCGAACGCGCACGAUAAUGCUAGUUUGGAGAGUUUGUUAUCUUUCCAACUUCAUGCUCAACCAUCGCCAAAAUGAGCAGGCAUUCAGGGCCCGAAAGAGAACUUGGAAAUCUGUGGAGUUGCCUGAUGAAGUAAAGAAGGCGGUUAUCUGCUCCCUAAAACGUACCAGUGGUACACUAAGCAAUGGGAAAUCUUCCUUACGAUUCAAUGGAGCACAUGACCUCUUAUGGGCUUGCAAGUGGGAAUUGCACCCGGAUCCAAGCUGGUCCCAGAGAAAACAGAAUCAGACACACAUUAUUUUGACUUGGCACAUUGCAACAUGGUACUGUGAGAUGGCAACACUUUCUGAAGAUAGGGCAACAAAACCUGAUGUAUGUACUGUUAGCAUUGCCACAAAACUGUCAAAAUAUUGUGCGUACUUGGUGGUCUCUGUACCAAAGCUUCUUCCUGGGCAUCACUAUGAUACGAGAAGCAAAUUUGAUGCAGCCAUAGUAGAAGCCAUUAAACUCCCGCCAGAGUCAACGAGCAUGUACGAGGCCAUGAAGAGAUUAAAGUUACCACAGGAACCAAAGACCAUCUUUGAGAGCGGUGUGAAACUGGGGAAGCAACUGGAGGAAAUGGAAGAGGGCGCCCGGUGGCAGGUGAUGGCUGGUUUCUGGGCUGAGAUGCUGCUCUACCUCGCGCCAUCAGAUAAUGUCAAUGAGCACAUCGAGCAGCUCACGCAAGGCGGCGAGUUUAUCACCCAUCUGUGGGCUUUGCUCUCUCACGCGGGCAUCCUUGAGAGGGACGAGGAGCAUCAAGCUGGGGAGGCGUGUGACCAACACCGCGUGGAUAGUUUCGUUUCCACUGCUUCCUGUUUCUGUCAGUGUGAGUGUGUUUAAUUUCUGCUUGUCGUAAUUAGCGGCAUGUGCCGCUGUUUGUGUUUGAUACAUGGACGUUGUGAUUGGUUUGUCUGUGGCAUGCGAUAGGUCUGUAAGUCUGAAUUUAACUGAAUUAUCUGUAUUUUCUUGACUGAUCGAUUGCAUCUAUCGAUCCUGGUGUAAUAGAAUGUGACUAUUUGUGGAUUCA